CGUGACGACUCCUAUCAGCUCUCAUACAGUUAGUUGUUUGUUACGGUCCAGUAGGUUACAUUUUUCAAGAUGGGUGACAGUGAUGAAGAUGAAGGCUCAGGAAGUAAUUUUCAAUUGACGGGUAUACUCUUUGGCAAUAUUGAUGAGACUGGGCAGCUAGAAGAUGACAUUCUUGACAGUGUAUCAAAAAGACAUUUAGCAUCUUUAGCCAGGCUGGGGUUAAGCUCAAUAAUAAAUGAACUCAUCGACGAUGCAGAACUUGGUGACAAAUCAAGCCAAAGCAGCGAAAAUACUGAUUUCAUCAAAAGUUCCGAGGAUCAAAGUGCUAGCAGUGAUCAGUUUUCUCAAGACUAUGAUGUUAAGUCGCCUUCAGCAAUCGACUAUUCAGACAUAAACGAAUUGGCAGAAGAUUACAUUAUCAGUGAUAGUGGUCUAAAUCAAGUGAAAAAAGAAGAAGACAACACUGACUAUGAUGCUGACGAUGAAGGUCCUAUGAAAGACUUACAGCUUAUGCCUCCUCCCCCAAUGCCAGAUGCAAAUAAAGAGGGUUCUGAAGAUUUAUCAGAGGAUGGGCAGUCUAAAAAGUUGGAAACUCCUUUGGCAGCAAUGCUUCCAUCCAAAUAUGCAAAUGUUGAUGUCCGAGAACUAUUCCCUGACUUCCGUCAUGAUAAGGUAUUGAGGUUUUCUCGGCUUUUCGGCCCAGGCAAGCCGAGUAGUAUGCCCCAAAUUUGGAGAAGUGUCAGGAAGAGGAGGAAAAAGAGAAAACAACACAACAACCAACAACAGCAGUCAGACUCUGGUUCGGACCAGGAAGUCACUCGACAGAAGAAAGUGGGAUGGGUCUUACAAUACGGUUCACCCCCACCUCCGGAGAAAUGUAAAUCUGACGAUGAGGAGAAGUUGUUACGCCCUCAAGAAAGUAAAGUGUUGAACAAAAGUGUGGAUAACGGAGACACCUCAGAUAUGGGUCCUAAGGUCGCAGACUGGAGGUUUGGUCCUGCCCAAGUGUGGUAUGACAUGCUGGACGUCCCGGAAACUGGGGAAGGCUUCAACUACGGUUUCAAAAUAAAAGAGAAGACUGAAGAAGAAGAACAAGAGUCCCAGGAAGGAUUUCCGGAGGAUGCGUUCCUGAUGGUGUCCCAGUUGCAUUGGGAAGACGAUGUUGUGUGGAACGGAGACGACAUCAAACACAAGGUGAUGCAGAAGCUGAACAGCAAGACCAACGCAGCAGGUUGGUUGCCUAGCAGUGGCAACCGUACAGCGCAGGCAUUCAGCCAACCAGGCAAGGGAGUUCCACAGUUGCCAGGCAAUGUCAGGCUAGCCACCUCCAGCAUAAGCACUCCGGGCAGCAAGCAAAACAAGUCACUCAUGAUGGGAGGAAAGAACCAAUCCCGUCCAGGAGACGACAACGGUGACGACACGUGGUAUUCAAUUUUCCCUGUGGAAAACGAGGAGCUCGUCUACGGAACUUGGGAGGACGAGAUUAUUUGGGACGCAGAAAACAUGAGCAACAUCCCCAAGCCGAAAAUACUCACUUUGGAUCCCAACGAUGAGAAUAUUAUUUUGGGAAUUCCGAACGACAUCGACCCGGCCAAGCAGAGGAUUGAGUCUACGACUCCGGUAAAGGUUAAGAUCCCUCAUCCUCAUGUGAAGAAGUCGAAGAUAUUGCUGGGAAAGGCUGGAGUAAUCAAUGUGUUGGAGGAAGAUACGCCUCCGCCACCACCUAAAUCCCCAGACAGGGAUCCCUUCAAUGUGUCAAACGAUAGCUACUACCAGCCACGUUCCUCCGAGACAGUUCUCCGUCUGAAGGUCGGCGGGGGCAACCUGAUACAACACUCAACCCCCGUAGUGGAGCUGAGGGCCCCGUUUGUACAGACACACAUGGGCCCCAUGCGGUUGCGUAACUUCCACAGGCCCCCCAUGAAGAGAUACAGCCAUGGGCCCCUAGCUCACCCCGGCCCCCACACUGUCAUACCCCUCACUAAACACAUCAAGAAGAAGGCCAAGCAAAGAGAACAGGAACGCAUGGCCUCUGGAGGAGGAGACGUGUUCUUCAUGAGAACACCAGAGGAUCUCACAGGCAAAGACGGAGACUGCAUCUUGGUGGAGUUUAGCGAGGAACACCCUCCACUCAUCAAUCAGGUGGGAAUGUGCACAAAGAUCAAGAACUACUACAAGCGCAAGGCAGGCAAAGACUCCGGUCCACCGGACUACAAGUACGGAGAAGUUGCGUACGCUCACACUUCCCCCUUCCUGGGAGUCUUGCCUCCAGGAAAAUCCAUCCAAGUAGUUGAGAACAACCUGUAUCGAGCUCCGAUCUACGAACACAAAAUCCCCAACACGGAUUUCCUAGUUAUACGUACCAGACAGCAGUAUUGCAUCAGAGAGCUGGAUUCACUGUUUGCGGCAGGUCAACUCUGCCCACUGUAUGAAGUGCCUGGUCCUAACUCUAAAAGAGCCAACAACUUUGUCAGAGACUUCUUGCAGGUCUUCAUCUACAGGCUUUUCUGGAAAAGUCGAGACACUCCAAGGAGAAUCAAGAUGGACGAUAUAAGAAAAGCGUUUCCCUCUCAUUCUGAAAGCAGUAUACGAAAGCGGUUGAAACUGUGUGCUGAUUUCAAGAGAACAGGAAUGGACUCCAACUGGUGGGUGAUCAAGCCAGAUUUCCGGUUACCCACGGAGGAAGAGAUCAGAGCCAUGGUGUCUCCGGAGCAGUGCUGUGCCUACUUCAGCAUGAUAGCUGCGGAGCAGAGGCUCAAGGAUGCAGGAUACGGAGAAAAAUUCAUUUUCACCCCACAAGAAGAUGACGAUGAAGAUCUCCAAUUGAAGAUGGACGAUGAAGUGAAAGUGGCUCCGUGGAAUACAACUAGGGCGUACAUCCAGGCCAUGAAGGGCAAAUGUCUACUACAGCUGACUGGCCCAGCUGAUCCAACUGGCUGCGGAGAAGGCUUCUCAUACGUGCGGAUGCCCAACAAACCCACGCAAAGCAAAGAAGAGCAAGAGGCCCAGCCUAAGAGGACUGUGACAGGAACUGAUGCUGAUUUGAGAAGAUUGUCACUAAACAACGCCAAAGCUCUUCUGCGCAAAUUCGGCGUUCCAGAAGAAGAGAUCAAGAAGCUGUCCAGGUGGGAGGUGAUUGACGUUGUCCGCACCUUGUCCACAGAGAAGGCCAAGGCUGGGGAGGAAGGCAUGACUAAGUUCUCUCGAGGAAACCGGUUCUCAAUUGCUGAACAUCAGGAAAGAUAUAAGGAGGAGUGUCAAAGGAUAUUUGAUCUUCAGAACCGAGUGUUGUCCUCCUACGAGGUGUUGUCGACGGACGAGGGGGAGAGCUCGGAUGAGGACAGCUCGGACAUAGAGGAGAUGGGGAAGAACAUCGAGAAUAUGUUGGCCAAUAAGAAAACCAGCACACAGCUGUCUCUAGAAAAAGAGGAGCAAGAGAGACAAGAACUGCGAAAAAUGAUGAUAAUGGGCGACAACGAAAACGACCCUCGAAGAAAGAAAGAUGUGAAGAAGGAUGGCGAUGAUAUGGACUCUAUAGCCAACUACACUGGCCAACCAGGUAGGGUGCUGCGAAUCUACAGGACAUUCAGGGACGCAGAAGGUAAAGAGUACACUAGGAUGGAAGUGGUGCGGAAAACAGCAGUGAUCGAUACCUACGUGAAGAUACGAUCUACCAAGGACGACAACUUCAUCCGACAGUUCGCUACGUUGGACGACGCUCAGAAGGAGGAGAUGAAGAGGGAGAAGCGAAGGAUACAGGAGCAACUGCGGAGGAUUAAGCGGAACCAGGAGAGGGAGAGGAUCACUGCUGGCUACAACCGCAAUCCUUCAAACUCGUUCUCCACUCUGGGACAAAACACAUUGAUGGGGGACAGCAAUGAGUCAUCGGGCCCCGCCACGUCUCCCAGCAAACCCAUCUUUGGCGGGUCCAAACCUGCUGCAACACCCACGCCACCUCGGCGCCGCAAACCCAACAAGCUCAAACCUGAUCUCAAGCUCAAGUGCGGGGCUUGCGGAAAUGUGGGCCACAUGAGGACCAACAAGGCGUGUCCACUGUACCAAGGAUCGGCACACAACCCUCCCCUCAAUGUGGCCAUGACUGAGGAGCAGGAGGAGGAGAUCGAGAAACAACUCAACGCAGACGACGAGGAUUUGGUCAACGUGGACGGCACCAAGGUCAAACUGUCCUCCAAACUGCUCAAGCACGCUGAGGAGAUCAAGCGACGCUCACUGCUACUGAAGGUUCCCAAGGACGCAGUCAACAGCCGCAAGCGUCGCAAGCCUCCUCACGAGCUGCACUGUGAUUAUCUCAAGCGGCAACAGCGGCCGGCCAACCGACGCCGCACCGAUCCUGUGGUCGUGCUGUCCACCAUACUGGAGUCUAUAUUGAACGAGAUGAGAGACCUGCCUGACGUUCAACCUUUCCUAUUCCCCGUCAACGCUAAGGUAGUACCUGAUUACUACAAGAUCGUUCAGAGGCCGAUGGACUUGCAAACUAUACGAGAGAACUUGCGGCAGAAAAAGUACCAGAGUCGUGAGGAGUUUUUGGCAGAUGUGAAUCAGAUAGUGGAAAACUCUACGCUUUACAAUGGAGCCAAGAGUUCUCUGACUGUGGCUGCACGACGGAUGUUGGGAGUGUGUGUUGAGCGACUGGCUGAGAAGGAGGAGAAGUUGAUGAGGCUAGAGAAGGCCAUCAACCCACUGUUGGAUGAUGAUGACCAAGUCGCCCUCACCUUCAUAUUGGACAACGUAGUCAACAACAAGCUCAAGAUCAUGUCCGAGUCUUGGCCGUUUGUCAAGCCCGUCAACAAGAAGCUGGUCAAAGACUACUACAACAUUGUCAAGUACCCGAUGGACUUGGAGACGAUAUCGAAGAAGGUUAAAUCUCACAAAUAUCACUCGCGUCAUGAGUUUCUGUCAGAUGUGGAGAGGAUUCUACAGAACUGUAUCACAUACAACGGCAAGGACUCUGCGUUUACAGAGAAGGCAGAAACUCUGUUUAAGGCUGCGCAGGAAACUCUUGAAGAGUAUGACGAACACCUCACUCAGCUGGAACGCAAGAUAAGUCUUGUUCAGGAGCGAGCUUUGGAGCAAGCCGAGACUGACUCCCUGGGCAACUGGCACCUGGACGAGGAGAUGCAGGAACAGGACCAUCAUCAGAGCCAGCCUGGGUCUCCAUCUCACUUUGGCAAAGGACAGACUGAGGAGUUUGACUUUGUGGAUGUGGAGGGAGACAUGGAGGGAGUGGACAUCAAGACCAGAGUCAAGAAGGAGCCUGGAGUCUUGGAGGAAGACCUGCAGUUCUCCAGUGAGGACGAGUUAGAGGAGGUGGGGGAAGGUGGAGAAGUGACGGACCCUCACUUGGAUGACGACAGUCAACAAGCUGCUGAGGCUAUGAUGCAACUAGGGAACAUUUCAUAUUGCGUACCACAGGACCAAGAUGAAAGCAUGGAUGUGGAUCCGAAUUACGAUCCAUCGGAUUUCCUGAUGCACGGUUUACCUGGCCGAGAGAACAAACCUCACACUAGCGAGAAGAUUCACGACGACCUGGCAGUGAGCGAGUCGGAUGACGAACAUCAGAAGGAGAACAACGACAACGUAGUGGAGAACAUCAAAGUAGAAGAUAACGACGUGGACGCUGGUGUUCUUUGGUUUUAAACUCUGAGCUGUCACAAAAUCAUUCGAUAAAGUGAAAUAUGUUUAUAUUGUACAUAGAACAGUAAAAUAUAUUUUAAUUUGUAAUUUUUGUAUAGCAAUCUUAGUUUUGUAUUUGUUUUAAUUCUAUCAUGCAGGAAUGGUAGUGUAAAUAUUUUUCUUUUAUCUAUGUCUCUUUGCGUUUAUAGUAUAAGGAAGACAAGUAUUUUAUGUUUUAUCAAAAUCCUUUUUUCAUAAUAUAAAAGAUAAUUCAUUGAAACCUAGAUACAGGAUCAAAGUUCUGAAUUUGCAGAUAUGUCACAACUGUAUAAUAUAUUUUUACUUUUAAAACAAUAUUGUCUAUUUUUUGUCCAAAUUA